UAUUAGCACAUCGUCAGGUUUCCACUAUCAUAGACGCCGCCAAACUCUUCUCUCCGACUCCGGCGAUCGAAAUCUUCACUAUGGAAGGCAAACAAAUUUGUUCAGAUUCAUCCGCAAACAAUCAAUUGAAGAAAACCAAAGCCACUACCCACCUUCAAUCUCAAACUCCCUCCCUCGGAGAAAUCGUGGAUCUCCCUGAAGAAAUCAUCCAAGAUAUCCUCCUAAGGCUCCCCGUCAAAUCCCUCUUGAAAUCCAGGUGCGUUUCCAAAUCGUGGAAUUCCUUGAUUUCCAGUUCCCGAUUCGUCAAAUCUCAUCUCAAACACUCGGCGGAAAACGCGAAUUUCGCCAAUCACAGAAUCAUAUUCACUCUUUUAAACCCUACCUAUACCCUCAAGCAAUGCUCCGUGGAUUCGUUGAUGCGCGAGCCUCUGGUCGUCGCACCCAACGUUGACUUCCCUAACCAAACCCCGCAUAGCACCGUUUGGGUCGUGGGCUCUUGCAAUGGUAUAAUUUGCCUCGCCAUUGAUGAAGACGACGUCUUUCUGUGGAACCCAGCUACGAGGAAAUCGAGGCAGCUCCCUUCUGCAGUCGUGGAGAUGAAGCCUGGGUUUUACUACAGUUGGGGGUUUGGUUAUUGCGAAUCCGAGGGUGAUUACAAGGUUGUGGGAUUGUUCUGUGAUUAUGAUGAUGGAGGUCUGCGGGAGUCGGUUGUGAAGAUUUACAGUUUGAGGGCUGAUUCUUGGAAGAGAAUUGGGGAUUUCAGCUUUGGUGUUCCCUACGAUGAUACGGGGAAGUUUGCGGGUGGGAAGCUUCACUUUGCUGCGAGCAAGGGGAUGGAUUUCGGUUCUAGUUGGAACAUUGUUUCUCUUGAUUUGGAGAGCGAGGCGUAUGGCAUUGUGGAGCAACCGAUUUAUGGAGAGGGUUUCUCUGAUUUCUCUCUGGAGUUGCUUGGAGGUUGUCUUAGCAUUCUCUACGUUUAUGAGAUGAAACGGACGGAUUUGUGGGUUCUCAAGGAGGAGGAGGAGUCGUGGACUAGGGUGGCUUCGAUUCCUUACUCUUCCGGUCUGGGGAACUAUGUUUACUCGAACCCUUUGCUGAUCAUGCCGAAUGGUGAGAUCUUGUUGGUGUUUAGUGGGAGCUUUCUAGUGUACAAUCCAAAAGAUGAUUCUUUCAGGUGGCCCGAUGUGGAGAGGUUCAUCGAAGCAGACAUCUAUUUUGAAAGCUUGGUUCCACUUUGAGUUGUAAAGAUCUUGGUUGCUGAAAAUGUUCAACAUUAGAGGCAUGUUGUGAAGAUCCAUUUGUGGUUAGUUAAUCACAUACAGCAAUUAGGUGUCUUAGCUUGUAUUGUUAAUCCUUAUAUAAUCAAGUUGAGAUACUUGAGGCACUUGCAGUGAUAUUUGUUGCUGGUAAGUUUUUCAACAGAUUAUCUUAUCAAUCAAAAUUGUUGUGUGCUUGACAUGUAUUUCAUUGAAUGUAACGAGUGUAUCUUCUAGUUGAAGUAGUUAUCAUCUGUUA